AGAGGCUUUCCGGCCGCUGCUGCGAGUGCCCGGGAUUUGCUGCCCGGAGGGUUCCGGGUUGGGACGCGAUGUCUCUGCAAGGGGCGGUGGGGGCUGAGGAGUUGAUUUUCUACGUGAAUGGGAGAAAGGUAAGUGUCGUUCGGAGGGAGUCUGGAGAAAGGGCAACUGCUGUUUUAAAAGUAGCCCCGAAAGGCGUGGGCACAGAUAGGAUCUAGUUUUCUCAGAUUUCGUCCUCAGGAGAGCAUAACUGUAUCCUUCCAAAGCCUUCGGAACAUGCAUCAGUCAGCUAGUGUUACUACGGUUAGCUGGUUCUCUUGCAUUUAACAAGUGCUGCAAGAAGGGGAGAAGCAUCAGAGGAGGACAACUGUUGCUUAAAACAUCCCAUUUUAGCUAGUUCUGCUGAGUUUGGAAGGAGGGGGAAGUAUCAAAAUGAAGUGAACUUUCAAUUGGCUCUCAAAUUUGGCUGAUGAACAAACUCGUUUUUCAUUUGCACGUGCCUGGCUUCUCAUCUUCAGUGGUUAUUGGAAAACAAAUUUACAUGGGUACAAAAGCUAGUCAGCAAGGCUCGAGUGCCAAAAUCUGGACUGUUGGCAAUUAUAAAGGUAAUACUGCAAAAGCAAACCAAAGUUUGUUGUUGAUUAAAUGCUACUGCAAGGAACUAGCUGAUUCUAAGCGAUGGAAUAAGAAAUCCUCCAAUGGAAACAAGAACACAGGCAUUUUUAUUAGUCUCAGUUGUUAGCCUAGUAAGAUAAGUGAAAGUUUAUAUAAACAACACUAGAAAAAAAAUAUUCCUGCUGACAGCCUUAGAAGUUGCCUCUGGUGUUCAUCCUAGUAGGUUAAAGUGCCAGAGAGACUCUAAAAUCGGCAAAUGAUUAAUUCUUUAUGCUAUGCUACCUCUAUUGUGGCAAAGUCCUGUUGCAUUUUUAUUUCUGGUGUGACUGAAGGUUGGCUCCCUCAGCAUGACCUUUUGGUGGUAGAGAAAAAUGCCGAUCCCGAACAGAUGCUGCUGUUUUAUCUGCGAAAGAGACUCCGUCUUACAGGAACUAAGUAUGGCUGUGGAGGAGGUGGCUGUGGUGCCUGCACGGUGAUGAUAUCAACUUAUGAGCCAGCUUCAAAGAAGAUACGACACUACUCAGCAAAUGCGUGCUUGCUUCCCAUUUGCUCCUUGUAUGGUAUGGCAGUCACCACAGUGGAAGGUGUUGGAAGUACAAGAACCAGAAUUCAUCCAGUUCAGGAAAGGCUUGCCAAAUGCCAUGGUUCCCAGUGUGGUUUCUGUACCCCUGGAAUGGUGAUGUCCAUAUACACUUUGUUAAGAAACCACCCAGAACCAAAUUCAGAGCAGAUGACUGCAGCUCUGGCUGGGAACUUGUGCCGCUGCACUGGAUACAGGCCCAUCCUAGAUGCCUGUAAAACCUUUUGUAAGGAUUCUGUUUGUUGUCAAAGUAAAGCAAAUGGAAGGUGUUGCUUGGAUCAAGAAGAGGAUUUAUUUGACAGAGAAGAGAAGGAAUCUGUUGGACUGUUUUCACCAGAUGAAUUCCAGCCCUUAGAUCCCACCCAAGAGUUUAUAUUUCCGCCAGAACUAAUGAGAAUGGCUGAAAAUCAGCCGAAAAGGACCCUGGUUUUUCAUGGAGAGCGAAUAAUGUGGAUUUCUCCUGUAAGCUUAGAUGAAUUGCAGGAUCUGAAGGCUGCCCACCCUGACGCACCUCUUGUUGUUGGAAACACUGGUGUGGGACCUGAUAUGAAAUUUAGAGGCGUGUUCCAUCCAAUUGUCAUUGCUCCUGCCAGGAUCCCAGAUCUGAACGUGGUGGAAUGCAUGAGUGAUGGAUUAACUAUAGGAGCUGCCUGCAGCCUCUCUCUAAUGAAAGACGUCUUGAGAAAUGCAGUUUCGGAGUUACCAGAAGAAAAGACAAAGAUUUUCUGUGCUGUCUUGCAGCAGUUAAGAACACUGGGUGGAGAACAGAUAAGAAAUGUUGCUUCAUUAGGUGGAAACAUUAUAAGUCGAAAAUCAACCUCAGACUUGAAUCCUAUUCUGGCAGCUGGCAAUUGUAUGCUUAACCUGGCUUCACAAGGAGGAAAGAGAUGGAUUCCUUUGAGUGAUAUUUUUGCAGAUGGAGUUGGUAACAAUACUAUUAUGCCAGAAGAGGUCUUAGUCUCUGUCCGUAUUCCCCAUUCUAGAAAGGGAGAGUAUAUCUCUGCAUUUAGACAAGCACCAAGAAGAGAAAAUGCUCUCCCAAUAAUUAGUGCUGGAAUGAGAGUCCUUUUUGAAGAAGGUACAGACAAAAUUAAAGAUUUGAGCAUUUUCUAUGGAGGUGCUGCCUCGACAACAAUCUGUGCAAAGCAAACCUGUCAGACACUUAUUGGAAGGUACUGGAAUGAGCAGAUGUUGGAUGAAGCUUCCAGGCUAAUCCUCAAUGAAAUAGUUCUUCCAGACUCAGCCUGGGAUGGGAAAGCAGAAUAUAAAAAAACUUUGAUAGUUAGUUUAUUCUACAAAUUUUUCCUGGAAGUAUUACAGUCAUUGAAGACAAUGGACCCUUGUCACUAUCCUGGCAUACCUAUGGAAUAUGAGAGCAUUCUAGAAGACUUCCAAACCAAAAUGCCCCAGAGUAUCCAAAUAUAUCAGAAUGUAGAACUGAGUCAGUCUCCCCAGGAUCCUGUGGGACGGCCUAUUAUGCACCAGUCUGGAAUUAAGCAUGCCACUGGUGAAGCAGUUUACAUUGAUGAUAUUCCUUCUGUGGAUGGGGAGCUUUUCCUGGCUGUUGUCACUAGUUCCAGAGCUCAUGCUAAGAUUGUCUCAGUAGAUACCUCAGAGGCUCUGAAGGAACCAGGUGUGUUUGACGUCAUAACAGCUAAUGAUGUACCAGCUACAAAUGAGUUUCACUACUCUGAUGAUCCAGAGAUUAUAUUUGCAAGAAACAAGGUAAUUUGUGUGGGUCAGAUUGUAUGCGCUGUAGCUGCAGAUUCAUAUGCUCAUGCCAAACAAGCUGCUGCAAAAGUGAGGAUAGAGUAUGAAGCACUGGAACCUGUGAUCUUGACAAUUGAGGAUGCUAUAAAGCACAACUCAUUCUUUGAGCCAAAAAGAAAAUUAGAACAUGGAAAUGUUGAUAAGGCAUUUGAAACUGUUGAUCAUAUACUUGAAGGGGAGAUUCACAUUGGGGGGCAGGAGCACUUUUAUAUGGAGACUCAGAGUGUGCUUGCUAUUCCAAAAGGAGAGGAUAAAGAAAUGGAUGUGUAUGUUUCAACACAACAUCCAGCAUUUAUCCAGGAGAUGGUAGCUGCGAGUCUAGGCGUUCCAGCAAACAGGAUCAUGUGCCACGUUAAACGAGUUGGUGGAGCUUUUGGUGGGAAACUCCUGAAAGCUGGAUUACUGGCAUCAGUUGCUUCAGUGGCAGCAAACAAAACCAACAGAGCAGUCCGUCUUAUUCUGAGCCGGGGAGAUGAUAUGUUAAUCACUGGUGGCCGACAUCCUUUUGUUGGCAAAUAUAAAGUUGGCUUCAUGAAAGAUGGUAGGAUCAGAACUGUGGAUGCCAAAUAUUACAUAAAUGGAGGAUGCACCCCUGAUGAAUCUGUCCUGGUAGCAGAAGUAUGCUUAUUAAAAAUGGACAAUGCGUAUAAGAUUCCCAACUUGAGAUGCUGGGCUUACGCUUGUAAAACGAACUUGCCAUCAAACACAGCAUUUCGUGGAUUUGGUUUUCCUCAGUCAGGACUGGUGACAGAAACUUGGAUAACAGAAGUUGCAGAGAAAACAGGUUUAUCGCCAGAAAAGGUUAGGGAAAUAAAUAUGUAUAAGGAGGAUGAGCAAACACACUUCAAACAAAAGCUUGAUCCACAAAACUUAAUACGCUGUUGGAAUGAAUGUAUGGAGAAAUCUGCAUACUACAGUAGGAAAACAGCUAUCGAGGAAUUCAACAAACAAAAUUACUGGAAGAAAAAAGGGAUUGCCAUUGUUCCAAUGAAGUUUCCAUUUGGACUAGGCUCACGUUACCUUUCUCAGGCUGCUGCUCUGGUUCAUAUUUAUACAGAUGGGUCUGUGCUUUUGACACAUGGUGGAAUUGAGUUGGGACAGGGCAUUCAUACAAAAAUGAUCCAGGUUGCUAGUCGGGAAUUAAACAUCCCAAUGUCAUAUAUUCACUUCUGUGAAACAAGCACAACAACUGUUCCUAAUGCGUGUGCUUCAGUAGGAUCUGCAGGGACAGAUGUCAACGGCAUGGCUGUGAAGGAUGCUUGCCAAACUCUUCUGAAACGCCUGCAGCCUAUCAUUAACAAGAACCCAAAAGGCAACUGGAAAGAUUGGAUUAAAGAAGCCUUUGAACAAAGUGUGAGUCUUUCAGCUACUGGCUACUUCAGAGGUUACGAUGCAAAUAUGGACUGGGAGAAAGGGGAAGGACAGCCUUUCACAUACUUUCUUUAUGGAACUGCUUGUUCAGAGGUUGAAAUUAAUUGUUUAACAGGAGAUCACAAGAACCUCAGAACAGACAUAGUUAUGGACAUUGGAUGCAGCAUAAAUCCAGCUGUGGAUAUAGGACAGAUUGAAGGCGCCUUUGUUCAAGGCAUUGGACUUUACACAAUGGAAGAAUUAAAGUACUCUCCAGAAGGAGUCCUAUGUACUCGGGGUCCAGAUCAGUAUAAGAUCCCUGCUGUCUGUGAUAUUCCAGAACAGUUUAAUGUUUCCCUGCUGUCAUCUUCCCAAAAUCCAUAUGCCAUCUAUUCAUCCAAGGGGUUAGGCGAGGCAGGACUUUUCUUGGGAUGCUCUGUGUUCUUCGCGUUGAGGGAUGCAAUAACUUGUGUGAGGAAUGAAAGAGGACUAAAAAAGACCUUUGCACUGAACAGCCCUCUGACUGCUGAACAAAUACGAGCAGCCUGCAUAGAUGACUUCACUAAGAUGGUAAUAGGAAGAUGACAAAUGAUGAAUCUUCUUCCUCGAUUCCUUGGGCCAGAAUGCAUGAGACCUGAACAGAAUUCCAACUACUGAUUUCCUGCCCCAAAACACACCAAUCAACUCACAUAAAAUAAAGUAUUUUCUCAUUUUCACAGUAGAAACAUAUAUUAAAAAAAGCAUGUUACUCUUCUAUCAGUCUUCAUUCUUUGGUGUACUUAAGACACCACUCGAGCUACAGCAUUUAAUUAUUAGAAAUACAUCUCCAAACAUAUACAUUCCACCAGAAGGGUCUGCUGAAUGGCUGUGGCACAGCAGCCCUGGAGAGAUCAAUUAAUAUGCUGCAGGAGAAGAAAGUUAGGAUGCAUUGUAAAGGUACGUUAGAUUCCUUACUACUGUUUAUUACAUUUAAGUUCUUCAUAUGAUGUGAUUUUUGAGAAACUUCAGCUAAUAUUCCUGAGAUUUAAGUCAUGCAGGGCCUGUGCAGAUAUCUUUACUGAAAAAUUGGAACUUUGUUUAUUAAAUUAAAUCUCUUUUUGAUAGCAAGUGAUGCUCUGAUUUGUAGUAAAGUCAGUUUAGAUUUGUCUUGGUACAGACACGUUUGUGUUAAGAACAUACAGGGAACUAGUGUUAUGAUUUUCUUUUGCUAUGCCAGGCAAAUUGGUAUGACUGACCUCUACAGAUAGGAGAUUAAUUUUAUCUUUGAAGGGGGAAGAAUCACUUAGAGUUUCCUAUUAAGCCUUUUUUUUUUUUUUUUUUUUUUUUUUUUUUUUUUUUUUUUGUCAUUGAGAGGUUCAAAAGCCUCUGAACUUAGUGGGAAAAUUCACAUGGAGUUCAGUAUGCUUUUAAAUAGGGGCCUGGAUGAACCUGUCUCUAGAGAGGGCUCUUAAACAGUGCUUAAUCCUGUUCUCUGCACUGUACUGAGUUGUGAGGGUACAGUUAAAAGCUUUUCUUUCACUGUGAUAAAAAAAGACAAAAUAACAACAACAGAAAACAAUUUAAAAAUAGCGAAAGAUAUCUGCAAAUAACAAUCAUCUGAUGCUGCCUAGGCAACAAGCAAGAGGUAGCAGCUGGAGACAGGAAAAUAUAAAGCCAGCACUGUUUAAAAUGGUAACAGAAAUUCUGGUGUUAUUAAAUUUGAAGAAUAUAUUUAUUUGUAAUAUAAGACAAGUUCAAGAAAUUACAUAGUAUAUAUCAAAAUUAAUAUAUUAUGGAAGUUCCAGUCAUAUUUUUCUAAUUUCAACAUUGGAAUCCAUAGAAUUGAACUUAGGGAAAACAUCAGCCUUUCCUCUCAUCAAAGUGCAAAGUUGAGAUUUCAAUUCUGAAUGUGUUCCCGCAUACCCACAAAUAUCCAAAAGUGUCUGGCAUUUGGAUUUGGGGCUUUGACGUAAGAUGCAUCAUAACACAGAAAAAUGAUUACUUUUUCAAUGUAUGUAUGUAUGUUACAAAGUAGCACUUGAAAAAAAAAUGUGGUAGGUUCUUUUCAUGAAGUUUAACUGUCACACGUUGAGCAUUUGAUUUCAGUGAAUCUCUGUAUCACCUAUUCCUUACUUAUAAUGAAAAUCAGUGGCUCUAAUUAUUUGACGCAUUGGUCUGCAGUCUCAUUUCACUUCUUAGUUUACCACCAACUAUUUUCUAUUCUUCCCUUUCAUACCUUUUAUGAGAUGGUAUUGUAUUUGUGAGGGAAACCAUGUUAGCUGCUUGGACUUCUUUUGUUUUGGCUAUUAAAAUAUGAAAUAUUUAUUGAUGCAA